CGCCAUAUUUUCGCUUUCACUCCGCGUAUCGCGACUACAAUCUUCUGGGCGUUUCCAUGGUGACAUCAGCAGGGUGCCGUGGGCUGACUGACACGUACUGUUUUGUUUAAAAAAAUCAAGCAGUAAAGCAGGACGGACGCAGGAAGGGAGUGAAACAGCUUGAAUCAGAGAGAGGAGACAUUGCCCAGAUCUCAGUUCCUGAUUUCACCAUGAACGUGUUUGACCGCAACAUCAACAUUGAUGCUCUCUUGAAGUUCUCUCAAAUAUCUCAUUCCACCCAGGUGCACUUGAAGAAUGUGUACUCCAGCUUGGCAGUUUGUAUGUUUGUGGCCGCGGCUGGCUCCUACGUCCAUGUUGUCACACGCCUUUUUCAGGGCGGAGUGCUGUCUGUGCUCGGCUCUCUGGGGCUGAUGUUCUGGCUCGCCAUGACACCCCACAACCCGGCCACAGAGAAGAAGAGACUGGCAAUCCUCGCUGGAUUUGCUUUCCUCACAGGCGUUGGACUUGGCCCCACUCUGGACUUUGUGAUCUCUGUCAAUCCGAGCAUCAUCGUGACAGCUUUCAUGGGAACCUCCAUGAUUUUCAUUUGCUUCACUCUCAGCGCCCUUUAUGCCAAACGCAGGAGCUACCUGUUCCUUGGAGGCACUCUGAUGUCUGGCCUUUCCCUCCUCUUCCUCAUGUCUGUGAUGAACAUGUUCUUUGGAUCCAUGUUGCUGUUUAAGGCGCACAUGUAUCUCGGACUGGUCAUCAUGUGCGGCUUCGUCUUGUUUGACACUCAGCUCAUCAUUGAGAAAGCAGAAAACGGAGAUAAGGACUACGUCUGGCACUGUGUGGACUUGUUCCUCGAUUUCAUCACCAUCUUCAGGAAACUGAUGGUCAUCCUUGCCAUGAACGAUAAGGAGAAGAAGAAGGAAAAGAAGUAAACAAUGUUUGAGUAGCAGGAAAUAUAACAAUCAUUCAAAAAAGGCACAAUUUGCAAUGCACUUGGUGCUUUUCACUUUCUGUCUUCAUUUUCUCAAAUUAACUCCUAUGUGGUCUUAUAUUAUUGAAACUCUUUGAUUUAUUUGAAAACUUACAAUAAGGGUUGAAUGUAAGUUUAUGGCACAGUAAUGCUAGUCCCACCAAGGCUGAGACUGGAAAAUAACGCUGCAGUGAUCACCGUUGGCCUGUAGAGGGGAGCGUUGUCCUAUGAAGGCUCCCAGCCGCUGAGCAGCAGAUAAGACGAUUUUCAUAUUACUGUUAUUUAGUGCCAUAAAUUGAUGACAGGAUAGACUCCUUUUAGUGGAUCACGUGAGCUUCUGAGACUGCUUGUUUUCUUUUGUGUGAUUUCACCUGUUGAUUUGCUUAUUUAUAGUUUUCCUCUUUAGCAGAGUGUCACAAGAUAUUGUGUCCCAUGAUUUUGACAACAGAUCCUCCUUUCAGAAAGUUCCCUCUUAAUUGUUCUGUUUUCCACAAGUUUUGUUUUGAAUAAUCUGAAUUGUGAAGCCUGGUAACAAAAACCAAACCCCAAAAGCCUGUUGGACUCGUGAUGAUCGCCACAACACUCGAGCGGACUUGCAGCCACUCGUUGGCCUGGAUUUGGGAUUUUGGACUGGUGGAGGAGGAAGAGCUGGUGCCAUCUGUCCAUUUAUUUUUCUGCGGAUGGCAAAGACAGGCAAAUUAUUCCAACCGCUCCCUUUGUAAAUCUCUCUAAAUAUCUGUUGUCUAGAAGGUAGUUUGCCAAAUAAUGUCAUGUUAACCUAAAAAUUUGGCUCUCAGUGCAGUUUUCUUUUUUUGGAAGUGUAUACUGUGAAGAAUUUAUUUUAUUGAUGUAAAACUGAAACUAAUAAUUUGAUACAUUUGCUCAAAUAAAUGUGUUGAACGUA